AUGUCUUCCUCACCCACCAACCCGUUCGCCCCGACCUGGGCCUUUCCUCCCGGUCUCCCCUCCUCCCCCGUCACCGACCAAGUCACUGGACCUGACGAAGUCGCCGGUGUUGACGGAGCCUCUGCUGUUGACGAAGUCGUCGCUGUCGCCGCCAUGGAUUCCAACAAGCCGGAUGGCGACGCGCAGGUCAUCGAUGGAACUGCCAACGAGGGCACAAUCGACGAGACUACCAUUGACGAGGUCAAUGUUACCGAGGUCGGCGCGGUCACUCCUGUGACUGCGACUGACGCCGAAGAGCCUGCCGAGACUGUCACCGAGACAGGCGAUACCAUCGCCGACACCGCUGGUGGCCCGUCGACGGGCCGCGAGGAUGCCUCGGUCGGCACGGCUGCUAGCUCCGUCGCCGAAACCGCCACGGACGAUGGUUCUGUCGCUGACGGCGACGAUGCUGGCAGUGUCGCUGACUCAGACACUGCGAGCGAAGUUACCGUCGUUGGAAUCGAAGACGGUGCCGCCGAAGAGGCAGCGGUCGUGGACCAGCUGUCUUCAUACGACCUCAUGAGCGAGAACCCCGAGCUGUUCACCUACCGGGUAGACGAGGGUUACCAACACCGCGACGGUCGCAUGGUCAUCUUCUGCGUGGAGGGAGUGGACAUCAACGUCCACGUCAAGGCCCUGGACUCCGCCGCUGGUUUGCGACAGAUGUUCGCGCAUCGGCUUCUCGAAAACGUCACGGGAAGAGUCUCGCUUGAGGAGGACGGUCUUCCCGAGUGGAAGAUCCUGCUGAUUGCCUUAUACGGCCACCCAGUCACCACUCUCGGCCACGGGGCCUACGCCGCUGGGGACUAUGUCCGAGCCUUGAAGCUCGCAGACAUGUACCUCGUCGACGACAAUGUCUACCACCGCAUUGUCAACUUCCUCGCCAACCACAUGGCCGGAUUCGCGCACUGGAAGGCCAUUCCGUGCAACAGACUGACCGACGACCUACACGCCGGCAUCAUCGAGCAGCUCCACUACGCUCACCACGAGUACAGCACCCUGGUCCGAGCCAACGGGCCUCGACCGUUCCCCGUCUUCGCCUUCCCCCUGGCUAUCAAGCUCUUCUGCCCUCCCGAAGCUCUGCUGCAGUACUUCACCCGGCUUGACGCAGACUUCUUGAAGUGGUAUGCGCACGUCUCGAUCCGCGUUGAUGGAAAGUGGAUUCUGAACAACGACGAGGUUCGCCUCUUCACUCCGACGGCCUAG